AUGGAUAUGUUGUACUCCCAGAGCCAGUCAGUAUCUGCAUCUAAACCAACCUCCAUAUCCGCUGUAUCCGAAGCAACUGCUGCUUCUGUCGCUGCCGUCGCCGCCAUGGCUCCAUACAACGGCUCGACCAUGUUAAGUCCCCCGCUGAGCACCACGUGCACCAAUCCGUUCAGCUCAUUCGAUUGGCUAUCGGCAGUAACACCACCCACAGUCGAUAGCAGCUCUGGCAAUGGAAGUAGCCUAGCUGAACAGAGAGCCGCCGCAGCAGCUGCAGCCGCUGCUGCCGCCUACAAUUCCUGUAGAUUUGGCCAACAUCCGGCGCCAUCGGCCACCGAUUUUCUUUCCAUGUUUAGCAGCACCUGUGGAGCAGCAGCUGGUGGCAGCUCUGCCACCAGUGGUUUUAAUGCAGAAACGACUCCCAUGUCAUCAUCAUCACAUCACCAGCACCGUCAAAAUCCUCUAAUAAGUCAUCAUCAUCGUCACGCGUCGAGGUCACAAAGUUCCGGUUCGGCCGACUCGUCAACGAUUUCCUCGGCAAUUGUGUCCUCAUCGUCUUCAUCGUCAUCGCUCUCGUUGACGCCAGUUUCCAUGACCUCAUCACCGGCCGUUCCAUCGCCACACAAAGUUAACGGAGUCGCCCUAUUCAAUCCGCCGGGAUAUCACCUGCAGGCACCAGGUCAUGGCUUGCCAUCGCCCACAAUUUACCCGCCAACUCCACCGCCAUCCGCACCAUGGAUCCAUCCCUGGUAUACUGGUGACACAUUUUGAAAAGUACGUUCGAAUUACAUAAGAUCUUAUUCUCUCAUUCUCGUUGUUAUUAGAAUCUAGACUAAUUGAGAUAAACUGUAGCGCAUAUAAUCAAUUUAUUUCUAUCCAAGAAGAACAUUCAUUUUUUUUGUUUAUUUGAGAAGAAUGAAAGUCAUUCUCAAUUCUGAAAUAACGGUACAUUUCAUUUUGAAGAAUGAAAAAUGUAAUUCAUUUCGUUAUUAACUCAAAAUAUAUUUGAGAAAAAAUAAUGUGCAGUAAACAAUUUAAAUUUGUGCUGGUAUUUCAGGUUGGGAGUGAUGAUAAAAUCUUUCCCCUUAAACCUGAGGAGGAGACGGAAAUUUCUAAUGUAUUAUUAUUAAACCAGAAAAUCAACGUCUUAUUGAACUGAAUUCUAACUUAAAAAAAUGUCCUAAAUCAUUUAAAAUAAAAUUUAAAGAAGCUUAGUAAGAUAUUUAUAAAAAAAAAAAAACUAUAAUAUGUAUGUAUAAGAACUUAAAAAACAAAAAUCAAAACGUUCCGGGCGAUUAAAAAAAUGGCGCCCAACACAGACAUUCUGGAGAGAAAUCAAAUUUCUUUUUAAUUUUGUGUAAAUAUUCUGUUCUCGUUGGGCGUUGUUAAUUUUUUGUUGAAAUUCAAAAACAAAACAAAAAAACAAUUUGCGUUUGCAAAAUUAAUUCGAAUAAUUUGAAGAAGAAUUCGAAAUUAUGUAUUUUCAGUUGAGCCAAAAAGUACAGAAAAUAUAAUUUAGAAAAAAAAAAAUAUUUUUUGAAAAAAAAAAUCAAAAAAAAAAUUACCAUGUAUCCGUUUUAAGGAUUUAAACGUGAAUUAUUAUUAACUUUAAUUUUAAUUACAAAAAAAACAUUAUUUUUUUCUUUGUGUUUGUUUUAAGAUAAUAUUAUCUUUUUGUAUUAAUUUUUUUUUUAAUUUUUUCUAUUGCGUCUACUUAAUUCUGCAAAGAAAAAAAAAACUUAAUAAUUUAUUCAAAUGGAUAUUGUUUCUAUUGUUAUUUAGAUAUGUACCUACUGUAUAUACUUUUUUUCUUUAUUUAUUAUAUCAUUAGCAUAAUGGUAAAUAAAUAAAAAAGAAUAUAAUUUAAAAUAAUUUAGCGAAGAGAGGAACAAAACUAUUAAAAAAAGAACAAAAAAAAAAAAUCAAAGAUUAGACGUUUAAAACUAAAAACUAAAAAAAGAAAAUCCAAUAAAUGAUAACGAAAUGAAAGUUUAAAAA